AUGAUGCAGCCUCGUAGCAUCCUGAAGGUUCAGACCCAAAACGAAUCUCUGUUUUCUGCCCUGAUCGAUGAAUCCCUCUAUUCCAGCAAGUUGCCCCGUUCCAGGCCACAAAAGCGUGUUGCCUUUGAUACCACAGAGAUUCGUACAUAUCCUCGGCUUUUGGACACCAGCCAUGCAGGUCUUGCUUUGACCAUUGGGUGGGAGCCAGUAGCAACAAAUGUCACUACAGUACAAGAAUUCUAUUUGGAACAAUCCGCACCCAGCCUUGGCAUGAUUGUCCCAUUUCAUCCAAAUGCUCGCAUCCUCAUUCUCCUCAAUGCUGGGUAUGAAAUAGCUGAAAUUCUCCAGCACGUGCAGAGUGUUUCACGCACACUAAGGACUGUACCGGUAGAAUGCAGCAAGGACAAUGAGCGACCUAAGCCUGCAUCAGGAUGGACCCAAAAGCUCAAGAAGAAGGUUGCUCGCGGAUUCAGCAAAGCUACCGGUAGCCCCGCCGCCUAA